UCAUGUUCUUAAUCGUGCCCAAAUUAUCGAUGAUGCAUUUCAUUUAAUGAUAGCAGGCCAACUCCAAUCUCGUAGAUUCUGGAAUAUCAUAAAGUAUUUACGUCGAGAAGAAGAUUAUAUAGCAUGGUAUCCUAUGUUUAAAGCUCUGGAAUACAUGUAUAAUACUUUUCCAAUAUUGACAAAAAUAGAUAAACAUAUUACGUCUACAGUAAUGAGAGCAUUGCACAAAGUACUUGAAAUAAUCAAAUAUGAUGAAAUUGAUGAUAGUGACAAACUUAGAAUAUGCUUACGACAAGAAGCUGCAAGAUGGGCAUGUUUUCUCGGUGACAUCGAUUGUAAGAAAGAAGCCAACAAAAUUUUAAAACAACAUCUUCAAGAUCCUACAAAACGCAAACUUUUGCCAUGGUGGAAAGAAUGGACAUAUUGUAAAGGUUUGAAAGUAUUUACCCAUUAUUUCAUACACAUUGUUCGUACUAAGCACGGAAGAAAGUGGGUAGAAAUAGAAGAUGACACUUGGAAAUUAGUGUAUGAUAUAGGAUGGAAAAAAGAGGACACAAAAAUUUUAGAAUACUUGGCUUGCCCUGAGAAUACUACAGUCGUCAUUGAUAAUUUAAAUUAUAUACACAAUUCUACAAAACAGGAAUAUCAAUAUCUUCUUAACAGUUUCUUACAUGUUAUUACAAAGCAUGCGAAGAAUCAAAUUAUACUGGAGUACAUAUUAGAUUAUUUUAACGACAUAAAACCAAAACAGGUUGAUAUAACUGCAGUAUUAAUUAUUAUUAUUAAUAAUGUAUAUUCUGAAGAUCGAACUCAGAGUAUAAAUAGAUACGUUGAAAGAUUAUUAAAGGUUAACGCAAACCCAGCUGAUGGAAUAGGAAAGGUAAAUUUAGUAAAUAUUAUUAUAAAAAGCAAAAGAAAAAGAAAUAUUGUUCUAUCUAGAGAUGUGCCGGAUAUCCGCGGUAAGUAUUCGGUAUUGGGCUACUUUUUUACAAAUAAUAUCCGGAUAGAUUAACUAUCCGGCCGGAUAGCCGGUAAGUAUCCGACUAUUCAGUAUUAAUCGAUUAUUUAAAUUAUUUUCCACAAUCCAACCGA